GCACCGCCCUUCCUGGCUGCGUGGGACCGUCCACAGCAACUUGAUACCGGAGACUGGUGGUCCAGACAAGCCCGUAAACGAGGCGUUCCCAGCCGCCUCCAACAGACCGAUUGAUGAUACCCGGCCAGCACCUCUGUUCCCCGUCUCUCAGCUAAAGCCGGGGGCACGAUCUCCGUGCAUCGCUCGCUAGCAUAGCCCUCUCUAGACGGGGAGACUUAAUUCUUCCUCCUGGUAACAGCGAGCUAGAGAUGAGACAGGACGAGCAGAAGUAACUGGCUAGCUUUGUUGCUAGCGUCGCUCACCAACUCGAACCAGUCGGCUAAGCUCCUGUUUUCUAAAUUCCAGUUCACGGGGCCGAAAAGGUGGACAUUAUCACUGGGAACCAUAGAUAUUUAAAUGUUUUGGCUCGGUUUGGGCUUUUAAGCGACAUUUGCCUGCUUUUUCCCAAGUUUUAUCCCGCCAGACAGUCGCCCGAGGCGGCUAGCAUGCUAGCUGGCAGUAAUGGAGGUUGUUUGGGGGAGAGUUCCAGAUGGCAGGUCCGCCAGGCGAGGUAGCUGCUCGGCUUGUCUGUCCGCUCCAAGCCGGAGCUCGAAGCAGGAGUAACGGACUCCUGCUGUCUGUCAUUAUCGGUCAUCUCCAUCUCCAUUCCAUGUCUGCUGCUGCCGGAGCGGUUAUUGAGCUGGUGUGAGGGGAACAGCAGAGGCUCAACAAAAAUAAAGGACCAAAAGAAGUCAAAGGAAGAGUCGGAGAGAAGCCAAAAGUCAUGGCUGUGAGCCAAACUCUAGCUAAGUUCUUGUUCUGCCUGACCAUCCUCCUGACUGCAGUUGCUGCAGCCCAGGGCGAGGAGAGAGAGUGUGCCUUCACUGACCAGGAGCAGCAAUGGGAGGUGGAGCGAGUAGCUGGGGGCGAAGGCCGGGUCUCCCCAGAGAACACCACCAUUCGAUGUGCCAAGGGCAGCCACUGCUUUGGUCUGUGGGAGAAAAGUCCUCCUGGAGAAGUGCGACUGGUCAAACAAGGUUGCUGGAGUCACCUGGGUGAUCAACAUGCCUGCCGUGAGGACAGCUGCGUGGUGACCAACCUUCCUCCACAGAUGCAGAAUGGAACGUACCACUUCUGCUGCUGCGGCAGCGACAUGUGCAAUGUGAACUUCACUGAGGACUUCCCACCACCGAGCCCCACCACCGCACAGCCUCUGAAUAGUGGAACGAUGCGCAGUGACGUGACGAUCAUUAUUGCCCUGGCAGUAGUCAGUGCACUCGCCGUGCUCGUUGUAGCCUUCGUCUUUGGAUACCGCAUGACACGUGGAGCUGGUAAGCAAGGCCUGCACAACCUGAACAUGAUGGAAGCUGCUGGAUCUGAGAGCUCCUUGGACCUGGACAAUCUCAAGCUGCUGGAGCUGAUUGGACGUGGCAGAUAUGGGACCGUGUACUGCGGCUCUCUGGAUGAGCGGCCCGUGGCUGUGAAGGUGUUUACUGCAGCCAAUCGGCAGAACUUCAUGAAUGAAUGCUCCAUCUACCGCCUGCCGCUCCUGGAGCACGAUAACAUCGCUAGGUUUGUUGCUGCGGACGAGCGGACAGGCCCAGAAGGACGAACCGAGUUCCUCUUGGUCAUGGACUACUACCCUCAUGGUUCUGUAAGUCGCUACCUGAGCAUCCAGACCAACGACUGGGUCAGCAGCUGCCGGCUGGCCCACUCUGUCACCCGGGGCCUGGCGUACCUGCACACGGAGCUCUGUAAAGGAGACUUGUACAAGCCUGCCGUGUCCCACAGAGACCUGAACAGCAGAAACAUUCUGGUCAAGGCCGAUGGCACCUCUGCCAUCAUCGACUUUGGCCUGUCCAUGAAACUGACAGGGAAUCGUCCCACACGUCACGGGGAAGAGGACAACGCUGCCAUUAGCGAGGCGGGGACGGUCCGCUACAUGGCUCCGGAGGUUCUGGAAGGUGCGGUGAACCUGAGGGACUGUGAGGCAGCACUUAAGCAGGUGGACAUGUACGCUCUGGGCCUGGUCUACUGGGAAAUCUUCAUGAGAUGUACCGAUCUGUUCCCUGGAGAGUCGGUGCCAGAUUACCAGAUGGCCUUUCAGGUCGAGGCAGGAAACCACCCGACGUUUGAGGACAUGCAGGUCCUGGUGUCCCGGGAGAAGCAGCGGCCCAAAUUCCCUGAAGCCUGGAAGGAGAACAGCCUGGCGGUUCGCUCCCUGAAGGAGACCAUGGAGGACUGCUGGGAUCAGGAUGCAGAGGCUCGCCUCACAGCUCAGUGUGCCGAGGAGCGCCUGACAGAGCUGUUCCUCAUAUGGGACCGGUCCAAGUCCGUCAGUCCAACCCUCAACCCCAUGUCCACCACUCUGCACAACGAGAGAAACCGCAUGACUCCAAAGUCGGGCCCCUACACUGAUCAUCCUUCCUCCUACAUUGAAGAGCAGGAGGGGGUAGCUAAGAAUAUGCAGGUGGACAGCAGCAGCGCUGUAACAGGCAGAGCUGGAGUCGGUGCUGGGGAGAGGAACAGGAACUCCAUCAACCAGGAGCGUCAGCAGCAGGCCAACGCCCGUCUGCCAAGUCCAGAGAGCAGCAGCACCAGCAUGGGUCUGAGAGGCAGCCCCUCAGCCUCCACCACUACCACCACCAUCCUCUCUGAGUCAGAGGGUCUCACAGGGACAGCCACAGUUCCCGUCUGCCUACACCUGACCCAGGAGGACCUGGAAACCACCAAGCUGGAUCCUAAAGAAGUUGACAAGAACCUGAAGGAGAGCUCUGAUGAGAAUCUAAUGGAGCACUCACAGAAGCAGUUCUGCUCCCCCGACCCGCUGAGUCCCGGCAGUUCCAGCCUGCUCUACCCGCUCAUCAAGAUGGCCAGCGAGGCCUCGGGGGCGUCGGAACCCCCUGCAGCUGUACCCGCCACCAUCUUCCCCCUGCCCAAGCAGCAGAACCUGCCAAAGAGACCGUCCAGUCUGCCACUGAAGAACAAGCCCACCAAGAAGGAGUCUUCGUCCUCCUCGCUAAGGUUUAAGUUCGGGCGCUCCGGGAAGUCCAACCUGAGGCAGGUGGAGGGAGCAAAGACAAAUCCUGGAGCAGUGAUGGGGACAAACAUCGUCGAAGCUCACGCAGGAACCAGCACCAAUAACAUACCUGUUCUACGAGAGGUCCACGUCAAUGGCAGCAUCAACGGUAUCGUUAAUGGUGUCGUUAAUGGUCACGCUGGCGGGGGGGUCUCAUCCAUGGUGGCGGGAAGAUCCGGUGUAACUCAGAAUGGAACAGAAACUUUGAGGUCCGACGACAGCCGGCUCAGCCUCGGCGUGAUCACAGCCAGCCCCGACGAACACGAGCCGCUUCUAAGCCGAGAGCAAGAGCACCCGGACGUGAGGGACGCAUCCUCCGCCCUGCGCUCAGCCCGCCCCAACACCAACAACAACAACAGCAAUACCGGGCACGGCCAGGGGGAGGGCAGCAGCGGAGGGGAGAGCGACGGAGGGGAGGAGGCAGGGAGCGCUGAGGGAGGAAGCAGGGAAACCAUGGGAGAGAGCUCUGGGUCAGGGUCCACCGCAGACCCAGUAAGGGAGUCAACAGUCAUCAUGAGAGGAGAAGCUCUGCUCAGACAGCCCAGAACCCGCCGCCCAGAGAGACCCAACUCCCUGGAUCUGUCCUUCACCACACAGGACCUGACUUCCCUAGGGGAGGUGCAGCCUGACGGCGCCUUGGGAACAGGCGAUAAAAUCAAGAAGCGCGUGAAAACACCCUACUCUCUAAAGAAGUGGCGACCCACAACUUGGGUUAUCUCCACAGAUAGUCGGGGCCCGGAGGUCAACAACAACGGGUCCACUCGGAGUCAUGGUCACAAUCAGAAUGGACCCAAGUCCAGUUCGGCCAUCUAUCUGCAUGGCGGGCGGUUCCACAGCGAGCCCAGCGACACACAGGUCUGAGUCUAGACCUCCAUCCAGACUGGAUAAAGAACUGCUCUGAAUCAGCAUCUGGAAGCUAAAGAUGGUGUUUGGUGAACAGUGGAGCCUGGUCCUGUACAGUAAUUAGACCCGUCCCGUUCCAGUGUGGCUUUCUAACGGCAUUGCUUUAAAUGGAAUCCAGCUAUGCAUCAUUCUCAUUUGCUUCUUUGUUCUGCGUUUUUGUUCUUAAUCUCUUUGUUGCUUUCUCUUACCUUUCAUCGUCAUGACCGUAGAACAUUUUAAACCCUCCUCCUGCACUUUGAACCAAUUAAAAUCAGUGUUUUAAGUCCUGUCUGUUGUGACCGAAACAAAAAGUGGUCUUUAAACUUAAAAAGGCGGAGAAAAACAAUCAAGGCUUGGAGCGAUUUCUUUUCCUCUCACCUUUGCUGUAUGAAGCGACGUGAGAUUGAGCUCUGUUAAAAAUAAAAUAAAAAAGACGUCUUAAAGACAGAACAGAUUAAUCUUUUUUUUUUCUUGUAUUUUAAUUUGUAUGCAAUGCCAUUGUCCAUGUAUCCAUGUUUGUAUCAUAAUUUUAAUUGUGCAAUAGGAUGUAGUUUUAGAAGCUUUUGUUUUUAUUGCUUCCUUUGUUUUUUGGCUGCCGUUUUUAUGGUUUUUGAUACUUUAAUAAUCUUUGUUGCACUUACGUAUUGUUGUCACAAUCGUUUUGUAAACAAUCCACCCCCUCACCGUCACCAUCCCCCCGACUCAAAAAGAGAGAAAUGGACGACAAUCCUCUUUUCCUUGGACUCUGAGGGGGACACAACACUAACAAUCGAUCCUGGACCGUGUGAUCACCGGAGUUCUCCGCCUGCGUGGGAUUUUAACACUACAAUCACCUGAAUGGAACCUACGGAGCGAUCUGUUACGGUGUCGCUGUUAACGCCAUCACCUGACCUCACUGUUGACUGUGUGUUAGCUGUUUUUGAAUCAAAACACCAGAAACACUGAAAAAACACCCAGAUCCUGCUACUUUUGUUCAAAACCAGAGACCUAAAAUACAAAAAAAAAAAAAACACUAAAGCACGCUGGAUAUUAUUUCCACUUCCUGUCUCAUCCCGUGAUGUUGAAGCGACUGAUUGACCGUGUGAGCGUGUGCACGUGCCGUGUUUCUUUUACUGUCAGCCAGCAUCAGAAUCAUCGAGGCCUAGCGCUGUACAGGCAAGCUAAAAGUGUCAUUGUACCCUUUCUGUUAUGUCAGAGCUGCUUCAGUGCUGGGGACAAGAUCUCAUGUAUGUUUUUGUAAUUGUAAUUUGUAUAAAAAACAAAGUGUAUGUGUAUUUCAUUCAUAUUUGCAUCAUUUUUAUGGAGGUCUGUUGUGCAUUCAGUGGACACGGCCUUUGAUUCCAUUGCUAUGCGUCUGCUCGGUACAGUUUCUGUAAACAUUUUCAACUCAUUAUGAAAGAAAAUCUCAAUAAAUGUAUGACAUUAUAAUGGA